AUGCAUCCUCGGCACCCCAAGGAUUUCGAUGGCCUGGGCUUCCGGGGCAGCCAGGAGGAGCUGGGUCAUUCGGUCAGCACCCUGCCCGACAUCCCCGGGAGCCACAACCUCCACUGGGGCGAGAAGACCCCACAGCUUGUGGCCGGGACCCCGCUGAGGGCCUCUGCCAGAAGACCCCUCUGGCAGAGGGCCCGGCACCAGAAGGUUGAGAAACCCUGGUUUACAGGCUUUGGAAUUGAUCUGGCAAGUUUGUUUACAGAGAAUGUGUUGGCUCAUCCUUGCAUCGUUCUGCGUCGGCAGUGUCAGGUGAAUUAUCAUGCCGAGAAUUAUCAUCUCACACCAUUUACAAUCAUCAAUAUUAUGUAUAGCAUCAAUAAGACCCAGGGACGCAGAGCUCUUUGGAAAGGAAUGGGAAGUACUUUCAUUGUUCAGGGCAUAACUCUAGGAGAGGAAGGCAUAAUCAGUGAAUUCACCCCUUUGCCAAGAGAGCUUUCAUAUAAAUGGAGUCCCAAGCAAAUCGGAGAACAUCUUGUGCUAUUGUGUGGCUGAAUUGAGUGUUCAUUUG